GGUAAGGUAGGUUUGAUGACAGCCAUCACCAUCAGCCUAAAUAUUCAGGUUUCUUUCCAUACAGGACAUGAACAUCCCUAUGGAAUUAAAAUGAGCCAUCUUCCAUCUACUAAACUGCUGCCAAAGGAAGCAGAGGACUCCGUCUCUCCUUCCCCUACUCAGGAGUCCCUCCUUCUGGAGCAGAAGAUCACAGACAUGCAAAUCCAUUUCAUACUGAAGCCCAGGCACCCAGCCCAGAACAAGCAAGGGAGAGAUUCAGGCCAGAAGACCAUGAAAAGCACUGUUUUCAGAGACUGGGCCUUUUGGUGGCGCGCUGGCACUUGCCAGAAAAACCACUGCAGAGUUGCACCAUCUGCAAAACCACGACAACUCUUUGGGGUUUCCCUCACAGAUAUCUGUGAUAAGGACAACUUGCCCUUCCCAAUACUGGAUAUGCUUUCCGUGAUCAAUCAGAAAGGACCACUCCUGGAAGGCAUCUUCAGAAAACCAGCCUGUAUAAAUUCAUGCAGAAACCUAAAAGAGAAACUAAAUUCUGGGGACAGAGUUAACUGUUACAGCAAAUCUGUUCAUGUGGUAGCAUGUGUUUUAAAGGAUUUUCUUGAAAAUAUCGAAGGAAGUUUACUUUCAUCCAAACUCUAUGAAAAAUGGCUUGGUGUUCUUAACGAAGUGACUGAGAAGGAAAAAAUAAAUGCAGCCCAGAGGCUUCUAACACAGCUGCCAAAAGCGAAUGUUGUUCUCUUGCGAUACCUUUUCGGUGUGUUAUACAACAUUGAGCAACAAUCCUCAUCCAAUCAGAUGACAGCUUAUGAUUUAUCAGUGUGUAUAGCCCCAAGUAUUCUUUGUCCACUUAAUUCCUGCAGCUUGGAAUUGGAAGACAACUUCAUUAAAAAGGCUUCUCUUGUACAGUUUUUGAUCGAAAAUUGCCUCAAGAUAUUUGGAGAAGACAUCACUUCUCUCUUGGGAGAGAAUUCAAAGAGUUGUCAUAACAAUGAGAAGGCUGCAGAUUCAGUCCAGAACACCUUGAAAAGCACUUCUUUUAGAGACUCGGACUUUUGCCAGCGCAUUGGCACUUCCCAGUACAACCAGUGCACAGCUCUACUGUCUGCAAAACCAGGACAGCUCUUUGGAGUUUCCCUUACGGAUAUCUUUGAUAAGGACAUCAUGCCCUUACCAAUACUGGAUAUGCUUUCCUUUAUCAAUGAGAAAGGACCACUCACAGAAGGCAUAUUCAGAAAACCAGGUAGUAUAAAGUCAUGCGGAAUCCUAAAGAAGAAACUGAAUUCUGGAGACAGAGUGAGGCAUUACAGCAAAUCUGUUCUUGUGGUAGCAUUUGUUUUAAAGGAUUUUCUUGAAAAUAUCGAAGGAAGUUUACUUUCAUCGGACCUCUAUGAAAAAUGGCUUGGUGUUCUUGACGAAGUGACUCAGAAGGAAAAAAUAAAUGCUGCCCAGAGGCUUCUAACACAGCUGCCAAAAGCGAAUGUUGUUCUCUUGCGAUACCUUUUCGGUGUGUUAUACAACAUUGAGCAACAAUCCUCAUCCAAUCAGAUGACAGCUUAUGAUUUAUCAGUGUGUAUAGCCCCAAGUAUUCUUUGUCCACCUAAUUCCUGCAACUUGGAAUUGGAAGACAACUUCAUUAAAAAGGCUUCUCUUAUACAGUUUUUGAUUGAAAAUUGCCUCAAGAUAUUUGGAGAAGACAUCACUUCUCUCUUGGGAGAGAAUUCAAAGAGUUGUCAUAACAAUGAGAAGGCUGCAGAUUCUGACCAGAACACCAAGGAAAGCAGUGCUUUCACAAACUCGUCCUUUGGCCACUGUGCUGGCACUUGGCAGAACAACCAGUGCACAGCUGCACCGUCUGAAAAAUCAGGACAGCUCUUUGGAGUUUCCCUCACGGAUAUCUUUCAUAAGGACAACUUCCCCUUCCCAAUACUGGAUUUUCUUGAAAAUAUCGAAGGAAGUUUACUUUCAUCGGAACUCUAUGAAAAAUGGCUUGGUGUUCUUGACGAAGUGACUGAGGAGGAGAAAAUAAAUGCAGCCCAGAGGCUUCUAGCUCAGCUGCCAAAUGUGAAUGUUGUUGUCUUGCGGUACCUUUUUGGAGUGUUAUACAGCAUUGAGCAAGAAUCCUCACCCAACCAGAUAACACCUUAUGAUUUAUCAGUGUGUAUAGCCCCAAGCAUUCUUUGUCCACCUAAUUCUGGCAGCUUGGAAUUGGAAGAGAACUUCAUAAAAAAGGCUUCUCUUAUACAAUUUUUGUAUGAAAAUUGCCUCGGGAUAUUUGGAGAAGACAUCACUUCUCUCUUGGGAGAGAAUUCAAAGAGUUGUCAUAACAAUGAGAAGGCUGCAGAUUCAGGCCAGAAGACCACUAAAAGAAGUCUUUUCAGAAGGUUAGCCUUUUGGUGCUGCGGUGGUAUUUGCUGGAACAAGUGCACAGCUGAGCCUUCUGCAGAACCCAGAGAGCGCUUUGGAGUUCCCUCUCGCGGAUAUCUGUAGUAAUGACAACUUGCCCUUCCCAAUUCUGUGACAGAAAAACCACCUGUUGAAUCCAAGCCAGUGAGAGAGAGAGAGUGAUUUCCAAAAAGGCACAACUGCAGAAUGCUACCAAGUCCCCAUCUGGCAUGGGUCCAUCCACCUACAUGUCUAUAGUUUACUAAGUCAUUGAAGACUGGAAUCUCCAUAAUGAUACUUGACACUUCCUUUUUCUUUAUUCUUCCCAUGAGUGAAAAAUGAACCCCUUCCACGAUCCAGCUAUUUCCAUUUAAAGGUUUUUCAUUGGUCCCAUAUAUUCAUAUUGAGGAAAUCUUCCCACAAAUUAUUUCCUCUAUCUUCAAUGCCUACCAUAUCUAUCAUAUUACAUAGUUUUGUAUUGUGUUGUGUUGUAUGUAUUUAUAUGAAUAAUAAUCAUUCCAUAACUCAGUAA